AUGGAGUUCCUGGACAGCGUCGGCAAGUCGAAGGUCGUCCACCCCAAGGAGGACGGCGACGAGGACCCCAUGCCUGGGCCGACGCCCAGCCCAACGGCAAGCCCGACGGUCAGCCCUAUGCCCAGCCCGACGCCCAGCCCGACGCCCAGCCCGACGCCCAGCCCGUCGCCCAGGCCGACGCCCAGCCCGACGCCCAGCCUGGCUACAGGUAAAUCUGGCUUGGUGGUGGUAGGAUUUUACCGCGUCCUUGAGUUUGCGCCUCACCCAGCCCAGGCACGCAGGAAUGCCGAUGCUGGGUGGCGAUUGCGGGGCAGAAGGCGUUGCGAUGACGACUGGGCAUUGGGCGGGGGGUGCCAGCGCCGACGACGCGAGUAA